UAAGGUAAUCUAUACAAAAUUGGUAUUGAAGACUUUGGAUGGAAUUGUAAUCCUUGUUCUGAGAACGUAUUCCACCCUAUUUUUCAUCUCCUCUUACAAAGCUCACCUCCUCUGCUCCCCCCACCUCUUGAGAGAGAGGCAAGCACGCAGAUUUUCAAUUUCUUAUUUGAAAAAAAAUGCUGGACACUAAUGGAGGCGCCUCCCUACCAUCAACAGGAACAGACGCAGAAAAACGCCGAGUCAGCUACUUCUACGAACCCACAAUCGGUGAGUACUACUACGGUCAAGGCCACUCAAUGAAACCCCACAGAAUCCGAAUGGCCCACAACUUGAUAAUCAACUACGCUCUCCACCGUCGGAUGGAAAUCAACCGUCCAUUCCCAGCAGGUCCUGAAGACAUAGGGUGGUUCCAUUCUGAUGAUUACGUGGAAUUCUUGUCUUCAGUGUCACCACAAUCAGCGAGUGAUCCGGCACAUGGGAGGCAGUUGAAGAGGUUUAAUAUUGGUGAAGAUUGUCCGGUUUUUUAUGGGUUAUUUGAGUUUUGUCAGGCCUCUGCUGGUGGCUCAAUUGGCUGUGCUGUUAAGCUUAAUAGAGGGGAUGCUGAUAUUGCUUUGAAUUGGGCUGGUGGCUUACAUCAUGCGAAGAGGAGUGAGGCUUCUGGGUUUUGUUAUGUUAAUGAUAUUGUUCUUGGCAUUCUUGAGUUGCUCAAAGUUCAUAAGCGUGUAUUGUAUGUAGAUAUUGAUGUCCACCAUGGCGAUGGUGUUGAGGAAGCAUUCUAUACUACUGACAGGGUUAUGACUGUGUCCUUCCAUAAAUAUGGAGAUUUCUUUCCAGGGACGGGGCACAUCAAGGACAUUGGAGUUGGGAAAGGGAAGAACUAUGCCCUGAAUAUUCCUUUAAAAGAUGGGAUGGAUGACGAAUGUUUCCGUGCUCUGUUUCGGCCACUCAUCCAAAAAGUGAUGGAGGUUUAUCAACCUGAUGCAGUUGUUCUCCAAUGUGGAGCAGAUUCAUUAUCUGGUGAUAGGUUGGGGUGUUUCAACCUGUCUGUUAAGGGCCAUGCAGACUGCCUUAGAUUUAUUAGAUCUUUUAAUGUUCCUCUGAUGAUCUUGGGUGGGGGUGGGUAUACUAUCAGGAAUGUUGCCCGUUGCUGGUGCUAUGAGACAGCAGUUGCAGUUGGGGUGGAACCAGAUAACAAAUUGCCUUACAAUGAGUACUACGAGUACUUUGGCCCUGAAUACACACUUCAUGCUGACCCAUCCAAUAUGGAGAACCUAAACACACCCAAAGACAUGGAGAGAAUAAGGAACAUACUGCUAGAGCAACUUUCUAGACUGCCUAAUGCUCCCAGUGUACCUUUUCAGACAACACCAGCUACAACUGAAGUUCCGGAAGAGGAUGAAGAGAACAUGGAUCAAAGACCAAAGCGUCAUGUAUGGAAUGGUGUUGAUUAUGAGUCUGAUCAUGAUGAAGAUGAGAAACCGGAACCCGGAUUUUUCUGAGAUAAGGGAGAAGAAGACAAGAAAGAGCAUCCAUGGUUGUGACGGGUGGAAAACAGUUAUUUUCUAGUUUCAUUGCUUCUAUAUCAUGUACAGACCCCCCCUCAACAUGUAGCUUAUAGUUUCAGAGGAUUUCAUCUUUGGAUGAGCAACCAUGUAGAUACUUUUGACAAAUAUCAGUAGAAUAGGUAGUUGCAAAUGGUCAUAUUCACUCAUGCUGCGAGCCUUUUUGCUGAAUUACUGUGUUGUACAAGCAGUUGUGGUUGAUAACCAAACGGAAUGUUAGAUACAUUUUUGUGCAGAAAACCUUCAUUUAUUUUGGUUAACACAGUAAUUUUCUA